AUGGAUUCGAACAACGCCAUCCUUGCAAUUAGCUUGUUGUUCUCGAUAUGGUGCGAUACAUGUGUUGCCCAAUCGAGCAAUGUUUAUAAUGUGAAGGAGCAUGGAGCACUAGGAAAUGGCAAAAAUGAUGACACAAAGGCUUUUCAAGCAGCAUGGGAUGUAUCUUGUGCCGUCGAAGGGAAUCCAACGAUACUAAUCCCCAAAGGAUCGUAUUUGGUCGGUCCUUUAUUCUUCAAAGGGCCUUGCAAAGGUGUCAUGGCAAUCGAUUUGAGAGGGCAAUUGCUUGCAUCGACCAACCUCAAUGCUUACACUAAAAAUUGGGUUAACUUCCAAUACAUAAAUGGACUAGUGAUAUCGGGCGGUGGAAUAUUCAACGGACAAGGAUCUUCGGCAUGGCCAUACAAUAAAUGUCCAAAGAAAUGGAGUUGCAAGAUUCUCCCAAUGUCAUUGGUGUUCAGUUUUGUGAAGAAUGCAAAGAUCAAAAACAUUUCCUCUGUGGAUAGCAAACUGUUCCACAUUCAUAUUUUUUCAUCAGAGAAUUUCGAUAUCGAGUCUGUGACCAUCAGUGCCCCUGGAGACAGCCCAAACACUGAUGGCAUUCAUGUUGCUGAUUCCACCAAUGUCACCAUUACAGAUGCCACCAUUGGCACUGGGGAUGAUUGCAUCUCCAUUGGACCAGGAAACUCCAACCUAACCAUCUCUAAUGUGCAUUGUGGCCCUGGCCAUGGCAUUAGUGUCGGGAGCCUUGGUAAGAACUCGGGCGAAACCGAUGUCAUUGGCUUGACGGUUAGGAAUUGCACCUUGAAUGGCACGACCAACGGGUUGCGGAUCAAGACAUGGCAAUCUUCUCCAACUCUGUUGAAGGCUGCCCACUUUACCUACGAGGACAUCACCAUGAACAACGUCUUCAACCCCAUCAUAAUAGACCAAGAGUAUUGCCCCUAUGUUUCUUGCGCCAAAAAGGAUCCAUCUCGUGUUCAAAUCUAUGAUAUCAAGUUCACAAAUGUCAAGGGAACUUCUUCCUCGGCGGAAGCCAUCAAGUUCAUUUGUAGUAGCUCGUUUCCAUGUCAAGGUGUGAUACUAAAUGAUAUCGACUUACAUUACACCGGCGAUGCAAGAGGGAACAAGACGACAACAUCAACCUGUGCCAACGUUCAGGGAAAAUCAAAUGAGAAUUUGCCGCCGGCCUGCGCCCACAAGCGGCAGCGCAUGCCCGCAGUGGGCUUCCUCGCCCACAGCGGGUUUCUCCGGCCGCCAGCGGUUGGCGACGUUCGCCUUCGGCCGCUAGCGGGCUUCUGCACCCGCCAUCGGCCGCUAGCGGGCUUCUGCACCCGCCAUCGGCCGCCUGCGGGCUUCUGCGCCAGCCGGCGGCCGCUUGCCACCAGCUGGCUGCUGGCGGCUGUGCUGGCUGUGCCGGCCGACUGCUGGCGGCUGGUGCCGCGAGCAACUUGA